AUGGGGUAUAAAAGCAGUGGAGAGAAAAAAUUUAAAAUGGAGCUAUUACUAGUAGUAGCGACUCACCUACUCCUCUUUUUUAGUAGUACAACGUACACGAAUGCCGAAAAUAUAACGUGCCAAGGAAUAACAUCAACAAUUCCCACCGACCCAGGUCGAGGCAAAGUGCUCGCUGUUUUCAACGGGAUUAGAAAGGAUAUAGUCAAUGGAGUGGGCACGUGGAAGAAGGCAAAAAACAUGUACAAACUGUUUUGGGACUGCAAUAUGGAGAAUAAAGUUGCAAACGCCAUUAAUCCGGCGAAGGGGAAAAUGACUUUGACCAAGAAAUAUGCGCAAAACUAUGUCAUAUUCAAUACAACCGCAGUGGGAACAGGUGCAGGUGCAGAAGCAUAUUCUAAGGUGGCGAGAGAUGAGUGGCUUAAAGAAUUGACAUAUGCCGGUGGUCUCGAUAAGAAUCAAACGUACAAGGAUGGUUUGGAUUUCUUUGCUAACAUGGUCAAUGCAAAGGCUACAAAAGUGGCAUGCGCUUACAAGCCAGAUGGAAGCAAUAUGCAUUACUCAUGCAUCUUCAACGUAAAACCAAUCAAGGGUCAGAGUAUUUAUGAGAGAGGAACUCCAUGUACGAAGAAUGCGAAAUGCACUACGUAUCCAGGAUCAGUAUGUAUUACGGAUGAGAAGCUGUGCAAAUACGAAGGAGACAUACCAGAGCCGGAAGUGACUUCAACCGAUGCGACAACAGCCACGAACGUGAAUCCAACCGGUGGGACAACAGCGACGGGCGUGACUCCAACCGCUGCGACAACCACUGCUGAUAUAAAACUAGACAAUGCAUACAUGACGGUUGCAGGAAGGACCAAAGUGGUAAACGCACAUAAUUAUAGGAGAACUUUGCUCGCAACAGGUCAGAUAAGAAAUGGUAAAAAUCCAAGCAAUGCUAAUUUACCAACGGCUGCAUUUAUGUCAAAAAUGGAAUAUGACAUGAACCUUGAAGCGCAGGCCAUAGAACACGCCAAAGGGUGCUCAUUGAUAAAGUCAGACGAGUCAACAAGAACAGGAAUUGGUGAAAACGUUUAUGUGCAUAACACAGUGAUUAAGGAUGCAGUUGAACUUUUUAAUAUUGUUGCCAUUUGUUGGUGGACGCAAAUCUUCCAAGAUGGAAUCAACAAUCAAUUGAUAUUCUCAGAGAACCUGAGAGAUAAACAAGCAAAGAAAAACAUAGAUCAGACAGCCUUCACUCAGAUAGCCUGGGCAAAUACCAACAAAAUAGGGUGCGCUAGUGUCGAUUGCUCCGGAAAGUCCUUCGUUGUUUGCCGCUAUAGCCCUGCUGGAAACAUUCUGAAUCAACCAAUAUAUCGAAUUGGAUAUGUAUGUCAAGGGUGUCAGGGAACUUGCAGUUCGGCUGAUGGACUAUGCAUAAUGACCUGAAGAAGGCAGUAUUGAAGAACGACACUUCAAUAAACUCUGCAGCAUUCC